GUAUUACUACGAUGUGAUUAAAAUUAAAAUUACUUGUAUUAAACGAUGAUAUCAAAGCGGCAUAACUGCCCGAAUAUCAUAUUCAAUGUGACGUUUUUGCAAAGAAACUUAUUUUCGAGCACGUUUAUAAAGUCUACGAAGAUUCUUGACAUCAGAGACAAGCAUCUGUUUCCUCCGAAUGAUGUAGAAAUACCAGCGUUAUGCGACUAUUUAUCAAAUAUCCAACAUAUCAUUGCCGGGGAUAACAGACUGAAUUUAUCCGUGUUUUUGUGUUUAGAAUCGUUACAAAAUUUAGAAAUUCAAAAUAACCGAAUAGGCUCUGUAAUUCCUUUAACAGCUGAAAAUUUUGCUAGUUUAACGCGUCUGGAUCUCAGUGCGAACAAUAUACAGAAAACAAUUGAUUUCACCAACUUGAGCAAUCUAAAAUCGUUGCAGUACUUAAAUUUAAAUUUUAACGGAAUUGAUCGAUUUGGUUUUGAAAAUCCCAAUGGUUUUUUACAUCUGACGGAGCUUCAUUUGAGAGGAAAUAGUUUAAAGCAAUUUGGAUCGUGUUUCGAUAUUCCGCAAUUACGCGAGCUGAAUUUGGCUGAAAAUUUCUUCGACGACCUUUCGAUACAGAACAUCCGCCACCCAAACUUUGUUUGCUCUGAUUUAUUCUCGAUUAAUUUAUCGAGUAAUGUUUUAAAGCAUUGCAACAGCGCAAAUAUUAUUUCGUUAUGUUUCCCGUCAUUGCGACUGCUUAAUGUAGUAAAAAAUCAGUUUUCCCGAGAUGUCAUUCCGCGUGCAAAAGACGCAUACCGAAAUCCCGUUUGCACUGUAAUUUUUGCGGCAAAAGAUCUGGAUUCUGCAAACGCUUUUUUGGCAAGAAUAAACAAUAAAUUUGGUGUCGGAAACCAUGAAAAACAAAUUAAAGAUCAUGCAAACGAAAUCGUUUGCAGCCUGGUGGAUACUGCUCAUGCAAAAGAAAGCGAUGCUAACUUUACUUCAGAGCUGAAGGAAGAAAACUACGAAAUCGCCGAACAGGAAAUGGCCGAGUUGACUUCCGGAUGGGAAAAUUUACCACGACCGAAAAAUCUCCGGCAGUGUUAUCAACUCUUGACGGAUCUGGUUAAUCAGCCGAAAAUUACAGUGAAUGCUUUACUCCCGAAAUUUGUCCCCAAAAAAUUUCCGCGACGAGAUACGCGAAAAUCUACGCUAUUCUGGAAUGCCAUUGAUCGGCAUCGGACAUCGCUGCAGAAAAACGCCAUACGGAUUGACCGGCCAGCUGCUGGCGCUGAUGAUAUGUUUAACAAAUCAAAAGAAAAUAACAUCCAGCAGCGCAGCCUGAACAAAGCCAUGCAGAGCAUAAAAAAAUUAGACAACGCCGUUUUCGAUCAGGUUUUAUCGUAUCGCCAGAAAAAAUAAUAAAAUAAUAGUAAAACUGGAACUCUUCCGAUCAAUAAACUGAUU